AUGCCGGCUGGGUAUAAACAUGGCGACACUCCGGCAAAAGCCAUGGUGCGCGGCACCAUCUCAUAUCUCGAAUCCCAGGGGCUGCCAGUGAACAAAUCUGCCAUUUUCCGGCACUUUGAGCUCUCACGGUCUCAGGGAUAUGCCGCGCUGAGCGCAUCGCCGAAGCCGAAGCGUGAGGAUCCCGAAUGGGGCGAGACGCGAGGGCGGCCAAGCAAAAUCUCCGACUCGGACCAGCAGAAGAUGGAGGAGAUCCUGUGGGACGACAAGUUUGAAGACGUGAGCCUCAACUGGAACGGGCUGGCCAAGGCUGCGGGCCUGGAGAUGAACUGCAACCGGAGGACGCUGCACCGGACGCUGGGGACGCUGGCGUACCGACGGUGUCUUGCGUGUGGGCGGACUCAUACGCACAAGAGGCAUCGGGAGAAGCGCUGCGACUAUGCGAGGAAGGCGUUGAUGGCGUAUCCCCUGCUGGAGGACUGGCGGCGCAUGCGGUUCAGCGCGGAGCUGCACUUUGCCUUUGGGCUCGACGGCAAGAUGCGCCUCACGCCGAGGGCGGGCGAGAAGCUGUGCAGCUCGUGUGCGCAGCAGCCCGGCCUGGACUGGCCGCGGGACAUUCGGCGGCUGCACGCCUGGGUCGCCGUCGGGCACGGCUUCAAGAGCGAGCUCGUCUUCUACGACUCGUCGACCAGCCCCAAGGACAGCGGCACCAUGUCCAUGGCCGACUACUGCGACAAGGUGCUCGACAAGGUGGUCAAGCCGUGGCUCACGGCGGGCGGGCCGGGAUCCUUUAUCCUGGAGGAGGACGCCGACGUCUUUGCGCACGGCAGCGCCAGCAAGGUCAACCUGGCGCAGCAGUGGAAGGACACGCACGGGCUGCGGUGCACGUUUAGCUGCGGCGAGAGCCCGGACCUGAGCCCGCUGGACUCGCUGGUGUGGCCGGCGGGCAAGCAGUGGACGUCGGCGGUGCUGACGGACUGGCAGGACGAGACGCUGCGGCGGGCGGCGAGGGAGGCGUGGGCGGGGGUUGGGCAGGACAAGAUUGACAUGUGGGUGGAUGUGAUGCCGCAGCGGUUGCAGCAGGUGGUGGAGAGCGAGGGGAGGAUGGUGGCGUGGUGA